GAGAGGGGCGGGCACGCACACAGCCCACUCGAGAGAACCCGUCUACUACUGAGCCUCCCGGGAUAAGGGUCUGGGUAGAGGAUGACACCUCUUUCCAUCCCCAUCUUUACCUCCACUCCCCCAUCCCACCCCUCCCUCCGCAUCACGUCCACACACAAUUUGAAGCUUUAUCUAUCUACGGGACUCCUGCUCUUCGCCACUGAGGUCUAGGGGGGAGUAGCGGGCACUAGCCCAGUUACCAAAGUCCCCCCCCCCACCUCGGCCCUCUAAAGAUAGAGAAGGACGGAGGAGGGAGGACGAGGGAGAAGAUCAGGAGAGGCAGUGGAGGGAGGGAUGGACAAACUGGGGACAUAGAGUUCCAACUUGGGGAGCCAGUGGGGGAGAGAGGAAUUGGGGACUAACUGGAGGUGGGGAUGGAGCGGGAGAGGGUGGAGCUAGGGCCAGAUAGACUCCUCCCCUUGGCUGCAUAGAGGCUCGGCCUGCAAUUCAGCUCGCCUCUCGGCCCAGACCCAGCGCAGCGCCAGUAUCUCCCCAACGCUGCCACCCCCGCAUAUCCUCGCCCCAGCCCCAGCCCAGGGACUUUUCCCAACCCCAUCUUCCACGCACCCAUCCUACUCCCCUACCCUACCCCCAUCCCCAAGAGACCCCAGAGACAGAGCUGGAGCUGCAGCCUCAUUCCGGCCCAGGCCCCACCCGGACUGGACAAUUGGAAGCACGGACCCUGGGACGGAUAGGGCUCCGGAGCCCCUCUUCACCCGGCUCAGCGUUCCAGCCCUGUGCUGCCCCUUGCCUAGACCCCUUGUCCCUCCUUCAGAUAAGACUUCUAUCCACCCCUAGACAUCCCCGCCGCCAUCCUUUCCCUCCCCCCUCUCCCAGCCCAGACCUGGGUGGGAGGGAGGGGGGUGUGCGCCUGGAGCCUUUCCCGCUCCGCCCCCCGUGAUUCCCUCUGCAUGGCCGGCCCGGGUGGGGGGUCUGGGGGGGCCCCGGAGCCAUGCGGGAGGAUCACCGGGGGGGGUCGUUGUGCCUGUCCCCACGUGAUCCGCAAAGUGUUGGCAAAAUGCGGCUGCUGUUUCUCCCGGGGGGGUCGCGAGUCCUAUUCCAUUGCUGGCAGUGAAGGCAGUGUCUCUGCUUCUGUUGCCUCUGUCCUGGCCCCCACUUCUGUCCCUAGCUCUGGACUCAGCUCUGGUCCUUGCUCUCCUGGACCCCCAGGGCCUGUCAGUGGCUUGAGGCGGUGGUUGGACCACUCUAGACACUGCCUCAGUGUGGAAACCGAGACAGACAGUGACCAGGCAGGAUCAUGUCAGGGAUGGAUUCCAGAGUCAACUCUAGCCUCAGGGGAGGAACUCCCAGAAUUGACCUUACUGACCACUUUAUUGGAGGGACCUGGAGACAGGACCCAGGAAAGUACAACUUCCCAGCCCACAGAGGAGACUCCCACUCAGACUACAGAAAGUGAGGAAGAAAAAAGGAAGAGGGCUUUGGACAGGAGUAUGUAUGUCCUGAGUGAGCUGGUGGAAACAGAGAAAAUGUACGUGGAGGACUUGGGGCAGAUUGUGGAGGGCUACAUGGCAACCAUGACAGCCCAGGGCAUCCCUGAAAAUCUUCGAGGUCGGGACAGGAUUGUAUUCGGGAAUAUCCAGCAGAUCUAUGAAUGGCACAGAGAUUACUUCCUUCAAGAACUACAGAAAUGUCUUCAGGAUCCUGAUUGGCUGGCCCAGCUCUUCAUUAAGCAUGAGAGGAGGCUACACAUGUAUGUUAUUUACUGCCAGAACAAACCCAAGUCUGAACACGUCAUGUCUGAAUUUGGAGAUAGCUACUUUGAGGAGCUCCGUCACCAUCUUGGUCACCGUCUUCAGCUUAAUGACCUUCUCAUCAAACCUGUACAGAGAAUCAUGCAGUACCAGCUGCUACUCAAGGAUUUCCUCAAAUAUUAUAGCAAAGCCAAGAAGAAUACUGAAGAGCUUGAGCGUGCAGUAGAAGUCAUGUGCUUUGUGCCCAAACGCUGCAAUGACAUGAUGAGUCUGGGACGGCUUCGAGGCUUUGAGGGCAAGCUGACCACCCAGGGGAAGCUCCUGGCUCAGGACACAUUCUGGGUUACUGAACCAGAAGCAGGGGGGCUGCUCCCUGCCCGAGGUCGAGAGAGACGCGUCUUCCUCUUUGAGCAAAUCAUCAUCUUCAGCGAGGCCCUAGGGGGAGGGGUUAGGGGUGGGACACAACCUGGAUACGUCUAUAAGAACAGCAUCAAGGUCAGCUGUCUGGGCCUGGAGAAGAACACUCAGGGGGAUCCCUGCCGAUUCACCUUGACUUCAAGAGGGCCAGAGGGUGGUGUCCAGCGCUACAUUCUACAGGCUUCAGAUCCAACAAUCAGUGAGGCCUGGACUCAGCAUAUAGCCCAGAUCCUGGAAAGUCAGAGGAACUUCCUCAAUGCACUGCAGUCACCGAUUGAAUACCAGCGACGGGAGAGCCAGACUAACAGCUUGGGAAGGAUAGGAGGGUCUGUGGGGGGAAGCCCUGGACGAUCCCAGCUUGGGGACCGAGCCCCAGUCAGCACACAUACACCCAUCAAUGGCUCCCUCCCUUCUCUGUUGCUGCCCCCAGUGGGGGUGGCUGGAUGGCCCCUGCCUGAGAAUAAACAGGACUCUUCUGCACCUGAAGACCCUAUCUGCCAGGCCCGGCUGGCCAAGCUGGAUGAAGAUGAGCUAUGACUGGUGACCUCUCACCUUUUGGGGAUGGGUAGCUUGCCAUUGGGUUUGUGAUGGAUGAGGCCCCUCUCCUGGGCACUGUCUUUGAACCAAUUCUUCCCCUCAGUCGUCAGCUGAAUGGAAAGGGCUAGGCUGGGGGUGGGUGGAACUGAUGGGAAUGGUGUCAAGUUUAAGAAAGAUUUCUAGUAUGUAAAGAUUGUUUCUCUACUCUGGGGAUACAGAUUCCCUCCACUUUCCUUCAUCUAUAAUGUAUUACUCAGGCCCCAAGAAAGGAAGAAGUAUGGGUGGGUGGGUAAGGGGGCAGGGGAUAGAAUGUGUUGAUUUAUUUUGAUUUGUGUUUCCUGAAAAUAAAGGUUUUGCUCUAUCUUUGAGGAUGGAGGGAGUGAGGAAAAGGUAUAGGAGUGAAGUCACUAGAAUCAUUUGGAGUGGGUCUGGAGAUGGGGAAGGGGCAAAAGGUUUGAAAUCAAUGGGCUCUCAUGUGAACUUCUCACCCCAGACCUGGGAACUAAAUAAUCAUUAGGAAUCCUAAUGAUUUAAUCCUAAAGUCUUGUUAUAUAUGUCAUUGACCUUCUCCUCUUUACCUGCUACAUUGGAAAUUCCAAGCCUAUGUGAUCUUCCACAUCUCAGCUUUUCCUUUCCCUCCCAUUCCCAACUACUUAAAAACAAAACAAAACAAAACCCAACAACCCACCAUUUCAGACGCUAAAGAGGCAAAAUCCUAAAUAUACCU